CAUAAAUUACAUAUCUUCUGGCUGGUGACCUGGUCGAUGUCGUGGCACAUACGGGAUGAACGUCUUCAUCCACAACAUAAAUAGGACCGCUUUCCCCCUCAGUUUGCGCAUCAGACCAUCUCAUCGCCAGUUCACUCUCUCGUCCUUUGUUCUUCGCUAUCACCAACAGCAGGCUAGUACUCGUACCUUUGCUUCUUCUACAAGACAACUGGCCAUGACACCAAGCAAGCAACGAGCAGUCGUCGUCAACGCAGAUGGAACAGUAGGGCUGCAGGAGGUAGACGUACCGAAGCCGGGGAAGGGAGAGAUACUUAUCAAGAUCGCCGCUGCCGCGCAAAAUCCUACCGACUGGAAAUCGGUAAAGAACGGAAAGAAAGCGGGAGCUAUCUCGGGAUGUGAUUUAGCGGGAACGGUGGAGGAGAUUGGACCUGAUGUGCAACCUGGUUUGAGAAGUGUUGGAGAGCGUGUGGCGACGAUGAUACAUGGUGGGAUCUACCCGAAUGGCGCUUUCUCAGAGUAUGCAGUCGCAUUCGCCGACCGCGUGCUUCAUAUCCCAGACUCUUGGUCCUUCGAAGACGCAGCUCAACUCGGUGUCGCACCGCUCACUGCAUGUCAAAUGCUCUGGGAGUCCCAAGUCGGACUGCCAACGCCCCUCUCUCCUGCAAACCCUCCGAAUGCCAUCCCGAUCUUGGUAUGGGGCGGCGCGUCGUCAGUCGGAAACUAUGUGAUUCAGAUGGCGAAGCUGUCUGGGUUAUAUGUCAUCGCAACGGCCUCCCCAAAGAAUUUCGAGCUCUGUAGGAAAUUGGGAGCGGAUGAGGUCUUCGAUUAUAGAGAUCUUGAGGUCGUUGCGAAGAUUAAGAAAUCUGCGGAGGCGAAGGGUGGGCUCAGACAUGCGAUGGAUUGUGUAGGUGAGGGUGGAACGGAGCAGAAGUCGGCUGCUGCGCUAGGAGAGCAGGGAGGGACGAUUUCGAUGAUCAUGCCGCUGAGCAAAGAGGGAAAUGGGCGGAGUGAUGUCAAAUCUGUGUGGAGUUUGGCGUAUGAGUUGAUGGGGAAGGCCUACGAUUUCCCUCUAAAGUUCUCCCCUACGCCUGAAAAAGUGGCCAAUGGUUUGAAGAUGUUCAAGCUUGCGAACGAUAUUCUGGCGACAGGAAAGUUAAGUCCUUCGCCGACCCUGAUCAUGCCUAAGGGUUUGGCUAGCGUUCCGGAAGGGUUCCGAUACAUGAUGGAUGGGAAGGUGAGCGGCCAAAAGAUCACCUAUCGUAUUGCGGAUACGCCGAAGGCAUGAGUUCGAUGAAAGCGGACCGUGAGGGAGGGGCAAACGGAAGAGAGUUCACUGCCAAGCUCAGUGACUAUUGGAGAAUAGUGAAUUUUCUAUAAAAUAAUCAGUAGUCAUACAUCCUGAUCUACAAAGAGAAAUGGACUAGUACUACUUCCAGUGCUUUCAGUGUCUUGUCCUGGUUUUCGUUUUGGAGAGCCACAACUGUGGCGCACUCCUCC